GUCUUUAUCCUCUCGUUAUCCAUACUCUCAACUCCUCCCCUCAUCUGUACAAAUUCACUCGUAUCUGCAAUAUCCACCUUCCGCUCACAAGCCGUUUAGCGGAGACUACCUUGUGCCCAUUGCCAAUGUUUCAGUUGAAAUUUGAAAUGCACCCGACUUUGCUACGACCUAGGACGGCACGCUAGUGACUCUCGGUCAAGAUCUUGCACCUAUGUAGGGUGGUCAGUUUCUAGUAGCUCUUCUCCUGAAAGAUAUUGGGACCGUGAUGCACGUAGACUCCGUAUCCUCCCUGCUGUUUAACAUUAAUCACGCACAUUGACGCGGUAUCUGCAUGCCCGUCACCUUCGACACCCACGCUGCCUGCUGGCAACGCCCGCGGUGACGGUAGAAUCAUCGUACUUUGAGCCCUCACGCGCUCGUUGUCAUAUGCUAAAAAGGGCCUCGGAUCCGAGACGCGCUGAAAGGGUGCGGUUCUCGUAUGUCGUCUGUUUACACCCCAUGCAUGCUAGACGUAUCUGCAGAGAUCGAAGCCCGCGCAAUGGGUAGUACCGAGCUUCGUCGAAUCCUCUCCGUCUUUGUCUGCGCACUAUGGCCUACACAUAGCAUGGAAACCGUUCUCUUUCAUCAUACGGAAGUCGUCGGAGUUGGAGAACAUGGAUGAAUUCCAAAUAGCGAGGGAUUCCAGACCACAAAAAUGAAAGCAAAUCCGCCGGAACACCGCAAGAUGAUCAAUGGUAACAUUGCCGCUUUUGGCAAGUGUUGACAUGGAACUAAGCAGGGGGACUUCGAUAUUCUCUCCUCUGUGGUUCGAAGUGACGCCUCGCCCUUAAUGUACGGUUUUUUUUUUCUGUGUCUCGCGAUGUCCGGCCUUGUCAUUCCCGCCCUGGCGUGCGAUGCUAAUAUUGGCCGACGCCGAGAGGUAUAAGAGCGUUCUGUCGUUUCCAAGUCUCGCCGUGUUCCUGCCCCUCAACCGCCGUCCCUCGUUGUCUCCUCAAGACCAAGUCCUUCGUUAAAUCCCCGGUAUUUGUAUUGUCUUUCGUAAUUCAUCAAAACCUCGCAAUGCGUUUCCCCACUCUCUUCAUCACGCUCCUUGCCCUGCCAAACUUCCUCUCCCUAUUCGUCCUCGGUAAACCUACCCGCCAGCCCUUCUCCCCCGCGAACAUCCCCCAGCGUCGUACUCCCACGGCCACCACAUCCACCGUCGGCGCUGCUGAGCCUCGUUCCGUUAUGCUCAAGCAACAUCGCGAGCGUCGUGCCAUCCUCGAUGUAUGCGCGUACAUCGACACCGACGCCCUUGUUGGUGCCAUCAUACCCGGUCUCGUCAUUCCCAUCCACGAAUUGGCUCACUUGAAGCUUUGUUUAUGUCUCUCUGCGUUGCCUGUGAUCUUGGAGACGGACCUGCAGUUGCAAUUGUUGGCUGGGUUGUUGGGCAAAGACGCGAUUAAUGCUGCUCUCGUCGCUUUGAUCAACCAUUCACCGAAUUCCAAGCACUGCAAUGUUCCUGAACAUGGUUCAUUGCAAUGCACGCCUAAGGAUCCUUGCGGGAUUAGUUGCACGCCUCCUUACGUCCCAGAAGGUGGCCAGUGUGUCUGCAAGGCUCCUUACACUAGCUGCAAUGGGCACUGUGGUUACUUCCCCCAUGGAUGCGGCUCUGCGGUGCCAUUGCCACCGUACAAACGCUUGACUACCUAAUUCUCUGAUAUCGGUUGAUGUUUUCUUCGCUUUGGGGUUUUACGCGUGGCUUUCUUUCGCUUUCGGUUGAUACCUCGUUGUUUGCGCUUUCUGGACGCUGUCGUGACUCGUUGGUUCGUUAUGGUUGGACUCUGUUUAACUUGUGGUCUGUACCGCCCGGCGGAUGUGCAAUAUACCCCAGUUGUCUUUUU